AUGCAUUGGGCAGAUAAUGUCCGCAUCAACCGAGCCAACGUCGACUACAACUGCAGCAACAACCACAGAAGCCACAACAACAACAACCGAGCCAACGUCGACGACGACUUCGGCCUCAACGACCUCAGAAGCUACUACAACGACUACCGAGCCAACCUCAACGACUACUGCUGCCUCGACUACGACCACGGAAGGUGGGUCUCAAUCGAACUUUUGUCAACGUACACCCAAACGACAGAAACAUCAAGAAAACCUACAACAACGACCACCGUGCCUACCACAACUACAUCUGCUGCUACGAUAACAACCACUGAAGCCACGACAUCAACCACUGAGCCGACGACUACGACCACUGCGGCGGUUACCAGCACAACAACUGAAGCCACGACAACAACUACAACAUCAACCUCUACAACAACUACCUCUCCUACUACCACCUCCACAACAACAACCAGCACCACAACUGUACCAGUGAUCCAGCCAAAGACUUGCGCUUCGCAGAAUUUGAUAAGCGUGUCGAAUUGCUGCAGGAGGCCACCGGCACCUUUGGUCACUUUCUACGCUUAUGAAAGAGUUUGCCAAGUGACAAAAGUUGCUCUUAACGCGUUUAACAUCUUCUCCCUGUACAAACAGCAACGCUACACUAACAUUCCACCCAACUCAAUCAACUACCAAAGUCCUGCAGUGAGGGCUGCACUAGGCAGAGAUGCUUGCUUCGUCCACUGUUACUUGCUGCAAAAAGCAAUUAUUUUGCAAGACAACAUAAUUGACCAGGCUAAACUCACCACGUUUCUAACUGGAGCACAAAAAGAUGCAACGUGGAAGGCAAUCGUUGCAGCGGCCGUGAGUGACUGCGUUUCCAAAAUCAACAAUAUGUACAUCCCCAACUUUGUGUCGAGAGGUGCGAGUUGCUCUGGCAGAGCCUAUUUAGUGAUGCAGUGCAUUCAGCUAAAAACCAUUAAUAAUUGCCCGGAUAAAAUUGCGACUGCCGCGUGUAGUAAAACUUACGAAACCGUCAGCCAAUGCUCUGGAAAUAUUUUCAUCUCAUCUCUAAUCAGAAGAAGGAGGAGUCUUCAACUGAAUUCAUCGAGUCCAGUUGCUGCUGAUUUUGGCCUAAGAAAAUUCUCGCCCAAAUUUACAAAUAAGGCGAAUUAGUAACUUCGAAUUAAGUUUAAUAUUAUUGUCCUUUAAAUUCUGUUUUUGAGGAAACAGUUCUUGAUUCUUUAAUUGGUGAUAGCACGGUAUGAAUUAGAGAAGCAAUAAAAAUAUGUAAUACCCUUUUGGAUCAAACAGACUGUUAUAGUAAUUAAAAUGCAUGUAUGCUGAUGAUAAAAGAAGCAAAAUAACGACAAAAUUUUC